CGCUGGAAUUGACUUGCCACGCCCCAAACGCGUCUUGUACCGAAUAUCGCAGGAUAAUACCCCCCGAAAUAAAAUCAAAUCAAAAAAUCUUUAAAGAAUGUACAAAUUCGUGUGUGUCUUGUGCUCAGCUCUGCUGUUGACCUAUGUCUUGGCACGUCCCCAGGAUGCUCGUGGUGGAUCCAUAACCACAACAACCACGGCGGCCAGCAUUAUCCAGCAGGAUAAUGUGAAUAAUGCUGACGGCAGCUUCAACAGCAGCUACGAGACAUCGAAUGGCAUUCGAGUGGAGAAUAUUGGCUAUUUGAAGAAGAUCAUCAUACCGAAAACGGAGACUGUCGAUGGCCAAGUGAUUGAUGAGCACGAGGAGCUGGUGCUGGUCCAGACAGGAUCCUACAGCUACAGUGAUCCCGAGGGCAAUAUCAUUACACUGCGCUAUGUGGCCGAUGAGAAUGGUUUCCAGCCGGAGGGAGAUCAUCUGCCCGUUGCGCCGCAAUAAAUAAAGCUUUUUGCCCUCAGGGCGUAUGUGUAAUUAAGUAAUUAACGUUAAGUUGUAUGUGUAUCGUAUUACGUAUACGAUAUGUCGUAUCUUAAUUAUAUUGUAUAAAGUAUUACGUACUGGAAAUAGCACAGCACUGCCCCUAUGCCAUACCAAUUGUACGACGGGUUGCAAACACUCUGUUCUUAUGCCAUUUGGCACCUAUACACACCUACACACACCUAAACACACACACACACACAUCUGCACACCCGAAAAUUAAAGAAGCCAAGACAUAAUAAAUAAAUGAAUAAAUAUUGAACAAUUAA